CAAAUGCGGCCAUGCAGUUCGCACAACUCAGGUUCAGCACGAUCUGCCGUCCGAAACGCGCCCUGGGAGAUUGGCAACGGCAGCGUCUGUCUCGGGGUUUCGGGUGUGUGUAGGCUCCAUCCGUCGUCAGCAACAGGGCGCGUCGCACUUGGGUCGAAUAGCCUAAAUCGAUCCUCGUCCGGAUCAUUUUGAAUGGUUAAGGGUUCAGUGCGGUACAAAAACGCUACAGAGUAGUAAAGCACGGUAAUCCGCGAGAAUCGCGAAGCGAUCUUGCGAACCGGACGAAAUGUGACACGUCCUACUAAGCAAGCGGCCCGUCGAUACAGCACCGUGCUGAACAGUAGAGCACCGUCGCCGAUCGUGACGAUCGGGUAGCGUCAACGAGGGCAUCGAUUCCGCGGGGAUCGACGCGGGCACUCACGCAAUCGAGCACAAGUCGCGAUUUGAACGCCUGCCAAGUGCCACACGCCACGCCUCUCCCCCAGCCUUGCCCCUCCCCUCACAUUGCAUUGUCCCAGCCCCUCCCGUUCGCCCCUCGCGCCCUCAACCACCACAACCCCGCGGCCCAUCGCUGCUCGCAGGAGCCGCCGCUGUACCCCACCAGACCGCCUUUGCGGCUGCACAUGCACUGGCUCUCUCGCAUUUCAAGGACCGACGCACACCAACCCGUGAUCAGAGGAGGCAGUUGCAGCAGCAGCAGCAGCAGCUAGCAGCAGCAGCAGCAGCAGCACCACCAGCAACAGCGCUAGCAGCAGCAGCAGCAGCAGGGCAGCAUGCUGCACGUGGUGGGGCUGGGGCUGUGGGACGAGAGGGACAUCACAGUGAGGGGUCUGGAGGUGGUGCGGCGCUGCCAGCACGUGUUCCUCGAGGCGUACACGUCCGUGCUGCUCGUCGACAAGGACAGGCUGGAGGCGCUGUACGGGCGCCCGGUGCAGGUGGCGGACCGGGACAUGGUGGAGAGCCGUAUUGGUGAGGUGCUGCAGCUGGCCGCCACGGAAGAGGUGGCGUUCCUCGUUGUGGGCGACCCCUUCGGCGCCACGACGCACACGGACCUCAUCCUGCGAGCGCGGCAGCAGGGCGUGGCAGUGAGCGUGGUGCACAACGCGUCCGUGCUCAACGCUGUGGGCGCCACAGGGCUGCAGCUCUACAGGUUCGGUGAGACAGUGUCCAUCCCCUUCUUCACAGACACGUGGCAGCCUGACAGCUUCUACGACCGCAUCCUAGGGAAUGCCCAAAGGGAACUCCACACGCUCUGCUUGCUCGACAUCAAGGUGAAGGAGCCAUCUCUCGAGGCCAUGGCCAGGGGAAAGAUCCGGUAUGAGCCACCUCGCUACAUGACAGUGAACACAGCAAUCAGGCAGCUGCUGCUGGUGGAGGGGAGGCGGCAGCAGAAAGCCUACACAGCUGACUCCAUGUGUGUGGGGGCGGCACGGCUGGGCGCCGAUUCCCAGCGCCUGGUGUUUGGGAGCAUGCAGCAGCUGCGGGAUGUGGACUUUGGAGCGCCGCUGCACUCGCUUGUGCUGUGCGGCGCGCUGCACGACCUGGAGAGGGACUUCCUGGAGGCGUUUAAAGUGACGGAUGACACGCCUAGGGUUGUGGAAGAUGACACAGAAGGGGGAGCGGAAGAUGAGAGUGAGAGGCCGAUAUUGUGAGGCCUUGUUGUUACCUUCUCCCCUGCUGCUGCAUGGGGUAGCCCACAGGCGUUUAAAAAUGUGAGGCUUCCGUUUUGCUAGCAUUGUGGUGCCCUUGUUACGAAGUACUGGUCAGAUGGCCUGUUCCUAGGGGAAUGAGGGAUGAAAUUUUUGAGUCGAGGUUGGAUAAAUGUGAUUCUUUGCACUUGUUUCCGCCGGCAGGCAAAUUUCCACUAAUCUUGGAAG